AUGUCAAGGGGAAGUAAUUCAAAAAUAAAUGUUUUACAUAGUAGUUUCCUUUCUAUUAAAGGAAAAACAUCUGUUUUGGCUGGAAAACACAAAUCAAAUAUUUCAAUAAUUGAUUGCAAUUUCCUGAAUACAAUGGUGACUGUUGGAGCUGUUUCAUCAUCAAGAGGAACUGUAGAUAUAUCCAACUCCAUAUUUGAUAAGAAUUGGGCUCCUGCAGUUUCAGUUGCAAAUUCACGCGCAAAUAUCAAUAAUGUUUCAUUUUCAAAUAGCUUUGCUAUAAAUAAAUGGUCUGUUUACGGUGAAACAAGUCAAAUUUCUAUCAAAAAUUCACAAUUUUCAGAUCAAUCACUAAAGAGUUUGAUUCAUAAUAAUGGAAACUCAGAAUUAUAUAGACUAACAUUUAACUCUUCUAAAGAGUAUAGUUUGUCUUCUAAAUUGGCUGAAAAAUGUAUUGAAUGCAAUUUUGGAAUUGCGUUUACAGAUUCAACAUCGAAUUUCAUUAUGAUUCAGAUGUUUGUCAUCUAUGCCCUUAUCAUUGCCAUUGUUAUUUCAUUGUUAAAGAGGAGAAAAAUUUUCAAGCCAAGGAAGUUACUUUAA